AUGGCCGCCGCCGCGGCGUCCUACUUCUCCGGCGCGGCGUUCAUGCCGACGCAGCGACCGGGGCCCGCCGCCGCCGCCGCGCACGACUACGCCGCGGCCACCCCGUCCCCCUCCAAGCCGCGCGGCAACCCCCGCUACUCCGGCUGCGUCCCGGCCACGGUGCGCCACAUCGCCCGCUCCCUCGCCGCCGCCGACGCCGGCGGCGACCCCGCCUUCUCCAUCGACGGCGUCAAGACCAGCAACGUUAGGGUUUUGGGGAAGGUGGAGACCGUGGUGAGCGGGGAGACCGACGUGUCGUUCACGCUCGACGACGGCACUGGGAAGAUCCCGCUCGUGCGGUGGAUCGCCGACGACGCAGAUGCUCGCGACGCCGCCUACGUCAAGGCUGGAGUGUACGUCAGGGUUCAUGUGGACAUCACGGGGUUUCAAACUAAUCAGCAGGGGUUUGCUCGAUCUAUCCGUCCAAUUACCAAUUUCAAUGAAGUGGUGCUGCAUUUCAUCGAAUGCAUUCAUGUGCACAUCGAAAAUACUCGGCCGAAGAUGCAAGAGACAUUCCCUCCAGCAGUUCAAACAAACGCCUAUACUCAGGUGCCUUAUACUGGUGGAGUGACAGAACACCAAGUCCAUUUUGCUCCUCAAGUAAACCAAGGGCAACUCCCGCCUGCAGCUCGAACAAAUGCAUCUACUUAUGCUCCCUUUACUGGUGGUGUGAGAGAACAUCAAGUUCAUUUUGCCCCUCAAGUAAAUCAAGGACAGUUCCACCCCACGGUUCAAACAAAUAGAUCUACAUAUGGGCCUUUUUCUGGUGGAGUGAGAGACCAUCAAAUUCAUCAGUUUGCUCCUCAAGUAAACCAAGUAUGGAAUUUUGUGAUAACUUCUGUUUUAUGA